AUGGCUACUCUCGACUCCCUCAAGCGUGCUCUCAAGCAACAGUCCGCAGCCGCAGCUGCAGCCUCUACGCAGCAUCCGCUGUCUGAAACACAGUACAGCGCAGGCUUUGGUCUCUUCACUCAGGACCUAGCAUGGAUUACGUACGAGAACUUCAUCGUUCCUGAGCUGUCCCAAGUGCUCUCUCCUCUCUUCGACUCUCGUCUCCAGAUUUCCAUCCUCGAAAUUGGACCGGGCCCAAACACCGUUCUUGGUUACUUGCCUGAUUCCCUGAGAGAGAAGAUCAAGAAAUACACCGCAUGGGAACCCAACGCCUUGUUUGCGACAGCGUUGGAAGAAAGGCUUCAGCCUACCCCCGAGUCUCCGCUGCCGUGUCUGCAAAGCCCGCCCCGCAUCCAUCGGGCACCUUUCGCCACAGAAGACAAGAUACAAGACUGCAGCGAAAAGUUCGAUGUCAUUCUCUUCUGUCACAGCAUGUACGGUAUGAAGCCCAAGCGCAAAUUCAUCGAACAGGCGCUUGAAAUGCUUGUGGAGCGACCGCGAGACGCACUGGUGGUGGUUUUCCAUCGUGAAGGCCUGUACCUGGACGGCUUAGUGCCCCAUCAAACCAAGUAUUUUCCUAACGGUGUUGACGAUGCUGUCAAAUCCAAAUGGCGCGACGUGUGCCGCUCGUUCGGCCGCCGUGAGCCAGGUGACCCAGGCCACAUCCUGCUCGCCGCUCCCGACGUUAUGGCAACCUUUAGCCGGCAUGCAACCGCGUUGCCGAUGCUGACGGCUGUGGUGCCGUUUGUAAACGGCGGCGGCAACACAGUCAAGAACAGGGAAGCGCGUCUACGCCGUCCCGCGGCGAUCAUGAAGCCAUCAGAGAUCGGCCACGUCCAGGAGUGCGUCCGAUGGGCGUUACAACACAACACUGGUUUGACCGUCAUCAGCGGGGGCCAUAGUGGCCAUUGCGUUUGGCCCAAUGUCGUGGCUGUCGACAUGGGCGCUUUUAAUCGGGUCCAUAUCCUUGCGGCCGGGGAACACGGCGAGUUUGGGACCCUGGUCCACGCCGAAACUGGCUGCAAAACCGGCGAUAUUGUCCGUGAAGUCAUGGCGGCAGGUUUAACGGUCCCCUUGGGGGCUCGCCCAAGCGUGGGCGCGGGGUUGUGGCUACAAGGCGGCAUUGGGCACCUGGCAAGGCAAUACGGGCUGGGGUGUGAUGCAAUUGUCGGUGCUGUCAUCGUCAGCGUCAAGUCCGGGGAGGUGCUCAGCGUUGGCUGUGUGCCUAACCAGCAUCGACCGCCCAAUGCCAUGUGCCUAGAUGAUGAAGAACUGUUAUGGGGGCUCAGGGGCGCUGGCACGAACCUUGGGAUUGUGGUCAGUGUCAUGUUCAAGGCUUACCCAGCCCCAACAUACUCCGUUCGCAACUGGAUUUUGCCGCUCAAUGAUGACCUUGAGGCGCGGCGUAAACUCGACACCUUUAACACAUGGAUCGUGAGAGAAUUGCCCCGGAACUGUUCUGCGGACGCAUAUCUGUAUUCGAACGAUGGCCAGUUAUUCCUUGGGGUGACCCUGUUCGAAACAUCCACGCCUCUCCCUACCCCUGCCGCCAUGAUUUUGGGGCCACCGUCAAGUUCCGACAUCGUCGACAGCGUCGGUGCAUUCGAAAGCGAGAUGUACAUGUCGGGGAUGCACGGCGGGCACGGCGGAGGCAAGACAUCCUCAUUCAAGCGAAGUUUGUUCCUUCAAAACAUUGGACAAGCCGACGUUGCAAGUCUCCUCGUGGCCGCCGUCGAGACACGUCCCACUCCGUUUUGCUAUCUCCAUUUACUACACGGCGGCGGGGCAAUCAACGACGCGCCCCCGGACUCUACGGCCUUUGGCUGUCGAGACUGGGAUUUUGCUUGUGUGAUAACCGCCGUCUGGCCUCGGGAUCAGGACGGAACGGAAAUUGCUCUGGCGUCCGUCCGCUGGGUUUAUGAGGUUGUCGGGAGGCUUUUGCCCGUCAGCAACGGGGCUUACGGAGCCGACCUUGGGCCGGACCCGAGAGACGCCGCGCUGGCGGCUACGGCGUUUGGUUCGAAUCUCGGUCGCUUGGCCCGCCUUAAACACGCCUUGGAUCCCCGCUGUGUGUUACCAUAUGCUUGCCCGCUCCCGGGAGUGCCGAUGGAACCGAAACUGAUUGUCCUUGUCACCGGUGAACACGGCGCCGGCAAGGACUACUGCGCCGACCUUUGGGUUGAGUUCUUCAAUAACAACAAGUUUCGGGCACAAGCAGUCAGCAUCAGCGAUGCGACCAAACGCGAAUAUGCGUCAGCUACCGGUGCCAACUUGGACCGUUUGUUCCAGGACCGUGCCUACAAGGAGCAACACCGGCCGGCUCUGACGUCUUACUUCCAGGCCCAAGUGUAUCAGCGUCCCCGACUCCUAGAGGAACACUUUCUGAGUGCAGUCCAUGGUGCUUCGGGUAUCGAUGUUCUCUUUGUAACGGGAAUGAGGGACGAGGCCCCGGUGGCGACCAUGUCGCACCUGGUACCUGGGUCCAGGCUGCUGGAAGUUUCCGUGGAAACCCACGAAGAGACGCGGCGGGCACGCCGAGGAUAUCUCAAAGCUGACGAUGUUGUUCAAGUUCGUAGCAAGGACAACGAGAACCAGAAAUCAGGUUUGGUGGUCACGGACAGCCGUCCCAGUCUUAUCUUCAGCAACGACACAGCCGGAAGCGAGGCAGGGGCAACGUUCGCCGAGCAGCAACUCCUUCCCUUCUUACACGAGGACCUGGAACGCCUCGCUGCCAUGGUGCGCUCCAUACCCGACUUUCCACGCCUAGGCAUCUCGUUCCGCCACGUACUCGACAUCUCUCAGCGACCAGGUGGGUUGGCCCUAUGCACCUCGCUGAUGACAAGUCACUUCGCCGGCGAUUGGAAUAAACUUGAUGCGGUGGUGUGUUGCGAAGCUGGCGGCUUUGUUUUCGCAUCGGCGUUGGCCUCGCAGGUCAACAUACCCUUGGUGCUCAUUCGCGAAGCUGGGAAGCUCCCGCCGCCCACUGUUUCCGUCCUUAAAUCCUCGUCACAUAUCUCAUCCGCGACAUCCCAUGAAUCAAAGGAGAGGAUCGAGAUGGAGCGGGAUGUGGUCCGUAAAGGGGCGUCGGUGUUGGUCGUGGAUGAUGUGCUAGCUACCGGCCGGACGCUGUCCGCCGUCCUACGGCUCUUGGCUGAAGGUGGGGUCGGUGCUCAAAGCAUUAAUGUCAUGGUAGUGGUAGAGUUUCCUGUUCAUCAGGGCCGGGAACUGUUACGGCAACAUGGUUUUGGUGGGGUUGGCAUCCAAAGCCUUUUGGUCUUUGGUGGUAUGUAA